AUGACCGGCUCCGUCACGAUCAAGAACGUUGCCGUCGUCGGCACGGGUGUCAUUGGAGCAUCUUGGGCCUCGCUAUUCCUUGCUAAAGGUCUCAAGGUUGCUGCGACCGAUCCAGCUCCUGGCGCCGAAGGCCGACUUCGCGAGUUCGUCAAAAGCGCCUGGCCCAUGUUGGAGAAAAUCGGGUUGGAGCCCUCGGCGUCAAUCGAGAAUCUGACAUUCCACAGCGAGCUCGAGCAAGCUGUGCGCAACGCAGACUUUGUCCAAGAAAAUGGACCAGAGUCCAAGGGCUUCAAGGAAAAACUUUUCAAACAGCUCGAUGCAGCCGCACCCAAGAACGCCAUCCUGGCCUCCUCUUCAUCGGGUUUGCCCUCUUCGGAGUUCGUGAGCUUGUGCCAGAACAACCCAGGUCGAGUCCUAAUCGGCCACCCUUUCAAUCCGCCUCACGUGGUUCCUUUGGUGGAAAUUGUUCCACACAAGGAUACCGAGGAAGAGUACAUCGAAAAGGCACUCAAUUUCUACAAGCUGCUGGGAAAAGCACCUAUCGUCAUCCGCAAGGAGGUCAAAGGAUUCGCAGCCAACCGUCUGCAGGCUGCCCUCAACCGCGAAGUGUUUUCUUUGGUUAAAGAAGGCGUCUGCUCAGCAAACGAUGUCAACGUAGCCAUCACCCAAGGGCCCGGGCUACGCUGGGCGUUGCUUGGACCAUACGUCGAUCUAGAUCUCGCCGGUGGUCAAGGAGGUGCUACACACGCAUUGGAGCAUCUGGGACCAGCAAUGCAGAGCUGGAUAGACGACUUUAAGCCGAUCAGGCUCGAAGGUGAAACUCUCAAGUUCUUGGGAGAAGCUGCUAGCAGCGUUACGAGCAAGCUGGACAUGAAGGAAGCUGUACGGGAUCGUGACGAGCUCCUCGUCUCAAUUGUCCAGGCCAAACAGGGCAAGAAGAGCUUCCCGAUCUGA